AUGUCGGACACAAGCGAUGACGAGGUUCCCCUGAAACAAAGGGUCGCAAAAAAGAAGACAACACCGAAGAAGAAACCUGCAGUGAAGGAGAAAGCGCCGCAAGCUGCAAAGAAAAAGGAACCAAAGAAGCCCAAGGCGUCGCCGAAGGCAAAGGCGGCCCCCCGGGCGCCUCGCAAAAAGGGGCAGGCCGAGGGAAAUGCGGAGGAAGAGGAGAACUUGCUGCCGAACGACGCAAGGAAGUACUUCAAGCAGGGGCAAAAGUUCAUUACUCCACCAAACGGAGACGGAACGAGGGGGUUCUACGAAAGUUUAUAUGAAGAGAAUAAAAACAGCCUUGUAGCACUCCGGUACUUAGUCGAAUGGGGAGUACUGACAGGGACGCUGUUGCACGAAUCUUUGCCUCGGUAUUUUGCCUUGAAAGAGAAGGGGGCAUUCAAGGGUGCAGGCGGAGGGCUGCAGAAAGCAUUCAUGAACGGCCCCGACGACGCGGAUAUCAACGCAGCUGCCAAGAUGCUGAAUGCUAACAGUGGGAGCUUGCAGUAG